AUGGCUAGUACGGCACGAAUCUUUCUCACAGGCGCCUCAGGCUACAUUGGCGGGGAUGUCCUACAAGCCCUCCGAUCGGCACACCCAGAAUACAACCUCACUGUCCUGCUAAGGGACGAUGCAAAAGUGGCGGUCAUAUCCAAGUCCUAUCCUGAUGUCCGGGUUGUCCUGGGAGACCUCGACUCCACAUCCCUAAUUGAAGAAGAGGCUCGUCAGGCGGAUAUUAUUGUCCAUGCUGCCAGUUCGAGUCAUAUCAAGAGUGUCGAAGCAAUUGCCCGUGGGCUAGCCAGACGCGAUGGAUCCAGUCCUGGCUAUUGGAUCCAGGUCUCCGGCGCAAGCGCCCUUUCGAUCUCCGACAUUGUCAACAGCACCUACGGACAAGGAACUGACAAGGUCUUUAGUGAUGUCGACGGCGCCAACGAAGUUCGCGAUAUUAUCCACCAGAACGCGGCCAAACGGGCCAUCGACAACUUUCUACUCAACUUGGCCGGUCCCAAGACAGCUCUUGUCCUCCCUCCGAUUAUCUACGGUCAGGGGAGAGGUGUAAUCAAACAACGCAGUGUACAAAUUCCUGAGUUGGCCAGAGUCGCUAUCCAGACCCGGACGGCGGUGCAAGUGGGCAAGGGAGAGAACACCUGGAGCAACGUCCAUAUUUCAGACAUCACCGAUAUUUUUGUGAAGUUGAUUGAGAAGGCUGUACAGGCUGAGGACGGAAAUCUGUGGAACAAGAACGGGAUUUAUUUUGCUGGCAACGCCAUGGUGAGCUUUAAGAGAAUUUCACAACUAGUGGCCGAGGCGGUGCACAACCUUGGCCUGGCAGACUCGACGUCUGUAAAAGAGCUCGACCACGACGAAGCAGACAGGCUGUCGGCCCACGCCGGGAUUCUCUGGGGCACAAACGCUCAGCAAAACUCACAGCGGGCUCGGCAGGUUUUAGGGUGGAGUCCAAAAGGAAAGUCUUUAGAGGAGGAGAUUCCCGAUACUGUGCGUGUUGAGGCGAGUCGCCUUGGAAUGCUUUAG